AUGUCCUCCAAAAACCAGAACGUAGUGUUCUUCCACCCCGACCUAGGCAUCGGCGGUGCCGAGCGCCUCGUUAUAGACGCUGCCGUCGGGCUGCAGAAUCGCGGCCAUAAAGUCACAAUCUUCACAUCGCACUGCGAUCCACAACACUGUUUCGACGAAGCCCGCGAUGGAACCCUCGAUGUGCGGGUGCGCGGAAACACCAUCGUCCCACCUACCAUCUUCGGUCGAUUCGCGAUACUAUGCGCCAUCCUCCGCCAAUUGCACCUGAUCCUUACGAUUGCCUUGUUCACCUCCGAACUGAAGAGCCUGAAACCGUCCGCAUUCUUCGUCGAUCAACUCAGCGCCGGAAUACCCCUCCUUCGUCUCCUGCAUCCGAGCGUCCGGAUCAUCUUUUACUGCCACUUCCCGGACAAGCUGCUAGCGAAGAAAGGAGGCAUCUUGAAGACGGUUUAUAGAGGCCCGUUUGAUUGGCUCGAGAGCUGGAGCACGGGUUGCAGCGACACUAUUGUCGUGAACAGCAACUUCACGAAGAGCGUGUUUGGACAAGCAUUCCCAGGGCUGAAGCACCGCGAACCAGGCGUGGUCUACCCAUGUGUCGAUACAAGCACGGAGGAUAUCAUUCAGGUGCACAAGCCGUUAUGGCCGAAAAAGAAGGUUCUUCUCAGCAUAAACCGCUUCGAGAAGAAGAAGGAUGUUGCUCUGGCCAUCAAAGCAUAUGCAGGACUGUCGGACGAUGAGCGGAAAGAUACAAGGCUCGUCAUCGCUGGCGGUUACGACCCACGCGUCGCCGAGAAUCUGCACACCUAUAAUGAGCUCUGCGAACUGGCCGAUUCCCUGAAGCUCAAGCACGCGACUGCAAAGACGGUUAUCACCGCCCAGAGCGUACCAGACGAUAUUGCGGUUCUCUUCCUUCACUCAGUACCGAACGCAUUCAAGACUACGCUUCUUGCGACUUCCCGGCUUCUGGUGUACACACCUCGCAAUGAGCACUUCGGUAUUGUGCCCCUCGAGGCCAUGUUGGCAGGGACGCCAGUCCUGGCUGCAAACGAGGGAGGGCCGACGGAGACAGUCAUCAGUGGACAGACUGGCUGGCUACGUGACGUGAGGAAAGUGGGGGACUGGACUGAAGUAAUGCGGAUCGCGCUUGAGGACGGCGAAGGCGAGGAAAGGCUAAAGGAGAUGGGCAGAUGGGGACGAGAGAGAGUGAUCUCGGAGUUUUCCAAGGAGAAAAUGGCGGAGAGGCUGGAGAGUGAAAUCAAUCAGAUGAUGCAGAAGCCUACGCGGCCUGCUGUG